AUGAAGAAGGCCAUGGAGCUGUCCAUUCUUACAGGCUGCCGCAUUGUCCUGCUUAUCUCGCGGGAUAGGGUGUCCGCGGAUGAAGUCUACUCGUACGCCUCGGAGGGCAGUUGCGUCGACUCGGCCGUGGCCCUGCUGACGGGCAUUCCCAACGAGGAGGUGACCGAUGAGGCAUACGACGAGCAUUACUCGGCGCCAGGCACCGCCAAGGUAUCUACCGCUAUGCGCCGCAAGGAGCAGGCCAUUCUCACCGCUGAAGAGGCACUCGACAGCGCCCGCCAGCAGGUCGACCGCGCCCGGGCUGUUCUUGCCGUCGCCCAGCGCGCUGUCUCUGCCGCAGAACAGCAGAUGCGCAUUCUUGAGGAGUGCGUGGUCAAGGGCGCACCGCCAGCAGCGGCCUCGUCAAUGCUGGUCAACCCGGCAGGAAACGAGCCGUCGCAAGCCGCCGGCUCGUCGCCGCCGGUGGAGACCAGCGGCCUUCCGCAUGCGAUGCAGAGCAUAGGCGAUGUGAACGUCAUCGAGCCGCCGCCGUCGGCCAUCUUUUCGCUUGGCUCGACAACGCUCCUCCUUCCGCCGUCAGCAGCAACCCAGCUGCUCUCGCCUUCAAGCAUCUUUGGCGCGUCGUCGCUACUAGAGACGCCCGGUGAUGACAACAUCUUUACCCCGCGGACUCGCGCGCAGCUGCAGACUAUCAGCAACAUGGCAGUCGGCAUCCUCGACCCCGCGCCUCCAGCCGGCGAGCCGACAGACCCAUCCUACGCCAUGAUCUCGGUCCGUGACCCGGUGGGGCAGGCCACCGCCGCUCAGGCAUCGCCGCAGCGGCCAUCGGUCAACGUGCCCCAGGUUGAGGCGCAUCCGCCACCGUCGGGUGGGACAACGCCGCAGGCUGCGGCAGGCCGACACGAUUCGACUACGCCCACCGCGAGGUACAAAAAGAAUCUCAAGCUCAAUCUCGGCAGCUCUACAGGCCGCUCGCGUUCACAGUCGGCCUCCGUUGCGUCGGCAUCUGGCACCUCGCCAAGCCUUGGCGUCACGCCGUCGCUCGCGCUCCCAAGCUCGUCUGCCAUGGGCCCGCUCACCCGCCAGCUCCUCGGUGGUGUGAGUGGUGUCUCUGGCAUUCCUGGUGACUUUCCGUCGCCCGCACCGAGCGACGCCGGGUCAAGUCCGGGCAAGCGGCGCCGCGACGACGCGGAGAGCCACGCCAACUUGAAACGGGCCAAGCACAAGUAGCCAUCAAGCAAGUUCAACUCGACUUGGCCAGCUUGAUGGCGCCAAGCAGCGAGGUGCGAGCUGGGCGCGCGCGCAGUGCACGUUCCAGAAUCGCCUUGUCGGCCGCGGCCUGCUUGGAAAAUGUGGCCAGGAUGCAGUCGUGGACUCCCGAGUCGUACCCAGGCUCGGCAUCGGCAG